AUGGCGGGUGGCAGGCGAAAACAGCGGUACGCCGCAUCCAACCUGGAUCCGUCUUGGAAUGUCCAGGACGAAAUGCCAGGAGAAGGAAGCCAGUUCUUUAUUCCAGCAGAAGCAGCAGCGGAAAGGCCUGACCAAGCAAUCGACGCUCAAUCCCCCACUAUCUCUCGCCAGGUCACUCCGCACUCUGAUGCCUUCUCGCCGCCUCGCGCUACACCAGCCCAAGAUCAACAACCAAUCACUCAGCAAUUACAAUCCCAGUCGCAAUCCCCCUCUCACCUGGAGGUCCUCGAGCUCCCAGUAACACGGGGCAGCACACCGUCCCGACAUUCGCGCGAUGGUGAGGAAUCGGCCUCGACCGUCAGCUCCUCGGCGCCAUCACGUUCAGCCAAGGGCAAGAAGAAGCGAUAUGUGACAGAGCAUUCAGCCGACUGGGUAGAGGAGGACCUUGUCUAUCCAGCUGGGCCCAGUCUCGGGCCCUACCCACAGCAGACCCUGGCCGCGAUGCCGCAUCAGCCGCAGCAGAUGCAACCAUCAUCGUCAAUAGCUGCACAGCCCCCAGAUCUAACGACGCCAUCCUCCAUGGCCACGACGUCCCCUGCCCUCUCCAUCUUCCGCGGCGGCGGCCACCAGACCAACAGCCCGGGACAGGAUGCGCCUGCGAUACAGCCUGGAGCGCCGUCUGCCUCAUCGCCAGCGUCGCCAUUCGCGGGCGUGGGACAGCCGAGCGCUCAAGCUCAACAGGCGCCGGAUAGCCAUCUUGGUGUCAUUGUCGAGGAGCAGCAGCAGCAGACUGGUCUACCGGAGCCGCCGCCGCCGCCACAACCACAUCCGCAGGCUCUACCGGCUCAGGCAAAGAGAAAGGGAUGGUCUAGGCUUCUACGGAGGGGCUGA